GCUAGGGAGGUGGUUUGGUGUGUGUUUGUGUGUGUGUGUGUGUGUGUGGUUCCCCCCCCCCUUUCUGCCUCCCAUCCCUGCAGUAGCAGCAACACUGGGCUUUUAACAAGCUCUGCAGCAGACGCCAGGAGCGAGCCGAGAGAGACGCACAGAGGCAGAGGCUGGCAGCCUGGAUUUUAGGAGCCGCUUGUACCUUUCCCCGGAACCCAGGACAUCAACACCACCCUGGCGGCUGAAACCCGGGAGCGUCUCAGCAACCGGGGUGGGGGGCCUGCCCCCUUUUUCCUCUCGCCUUCCGGAGCCAUGGAGUCCCCCAAGAAAGGCCUGGUCUGCAAUUUGAACCACGUCCACCUCCAGCACAUCUCUUUGGGCCUCCACCUCUCUCGCCACCCCGAACUCCAAGCCCCCGCCUCGGGGCCGAAGAGAGACCGGAUGGGUUGCUCCGACUGCCACCGGCACGCCAACGGCGGGGUCACCCCCGAGCUGGUGGACGCCAACUCCAACAACCCGUCGCUGUCGUGCCGAUGCUGUGCCGGCCACCUUCUCCCGCCGGAGGUCAAGCCCGGCUUGGCGCUCCGGCCGGAAGCGUUGGCCAACGGGCCGAUUCUGACCCACGAGGAAGAGGAUGGAGACCUCGGCUCCCCUUCCGAGCCGGAUUCCUCGUCCGUCAGCAGCUGCUCGGAUCUCAGCCUGGACGACACGCCGGUCUCCGUCUACUACAAAGCGUUCCCCGGGGAAGAGGCUCAAAGCCCUGAGAACCCACCCAACAUCGUCCCCUUGGAGGAGGCUCAGAACCUCGUCCUGCAGGCCCGGCCCGAGGACAGGAGCUUGAACCUCAACAUCUGGGCCGUGGACCGUCCUCCGUCCCGAGUUUGGGACAGCCCCGACAGCCUCGGCAGUGCCAGCUCGCUGGAGUCCACCUCGGGCCCGGCUUCUCCCAGCCCGCAGAUCCUGGCGGAGCGUCCCCUGGCUGGUUCAAAUCCACCUCCUCCACCAGCACCGUCUCCCCCGGUCCGGCCCUGCCGAGCACCCCCGGCGGUGCCGGUUCCCCCCGUUGCCGGCCCGGGCCUGGAUUCGAAUUGCAACGCCCUGCCGGACGAGGGAACUGAGCCAGAGGGAUCCUCCGUGGGGCGGGUGGACAUCAACUCCAACCGGGAGGCUCUGCCCCGGCCUCGCUUUGGGGGGGUCCCUCCUCCAGUGCCCCCCAGAACCAAAAGGGGCCUUCAGGGGUUGAGGAGAAGCGAGGCAGGGAAGCCGAAAUCGGAGACGGCGCCUCUGGGGGCCUCGGAGGAGCAGCCGGCAGGCCCCCAAGGUGAAGGGGUCAAGAAGACCAUCACUUCCUUCCACGAGUUGGCCCAAAAGAGGAAGAAAGUGGCCACCCAGGGAAGGAAGGAACAGAGCGACUGGUUGAUUGUCUUUUCUCCGGACACGGAGUUCCCCCCUUCUCCGGAGGCCACGUGGGGCUCGGCCCCGGACAAAGCCAGCCCGUCCACCUCGCCCUCGGACCCGGCCAACCCCACCACCGCCUGCGGGGUGACCACCUUCAAGGAGCUGCGCUACCGCAAGCAGAAAAGCCAGCUGGCCCCUAAGGUGGCCGCCCGACCCCUCGUUCUGGGGGAUCCCGGCCCGGUGGUGGCGGAGAGCGAGGCCGAGGUCCCGCCGAACGGGCCCUUCCGGACGCCGAAAGAAGCUCCGGGCCGGCAGAAGAAGACGUCACCGCCGAACGGGCCCUUCCGGGCGCCGAAAGAAGCCCCGGGCCGGCAGAAGAAGAUGUGCCGUCUCGGCUUGCAGCCCAUCGUGGAAGGGGGCUUCGAAGAAGGAGAGGAGGGAGGAGGAGGAACGGAGCCGAGGAGAAGCUGGGAGGAGAUGCCCAAGGGGAAGAGGGACCCCUGGAUGCCGGGGAAAGAGGAGAGAGGGAGCCGAGGUUUUGCAGAGGCAUACCCUCCUCCUAAAAGAAAGAGGCACUCUGAUUGGCUAGCAUGCUUGCCAAUCAAGGCUGAAGCUUUUCCCCCUCCCCUGCGGAUGGCUAUACAUUAUCUAGGAGGAAGCAGGAAGAGAAAAAUAAGUUUAGUCGGCCCUCGUCCUGCUCGCCCGCCCCCUCCCCUCCUGGUCCGUGUCUCCUUGGUGGACGGCCAGGGGGCAGAGGGCCGGCGGCACCCCCUUUCCGACUCCCCAGUUUUGGAGAGCGUGGCGUUGACCUCUCCGGACCGGACAGGCCCGGCCUUCUGCCCCCGGCUGAAGACCCUCUCCUGCGAGGAGGUCUGCCUCCUGGCCGGCCGGCCGGGCCACGUUUUGGCCACGUUGUCCCCCGAGGAGGUGCACCCCAUCCGCCUCUCGCCCAUCGGGGCUUUUUCUCCGCCGGCCCGGAGCGUCCUGCCUUUCCUGGAGAGCUCCGACUUGGCCGUCCUCUUCUCCCCACUUUUCCCCCGCAGCAGAACCUACCCCGCUUUAGCUUUCUCCCCCCGCCAGGUGCCCGAGCUACUCCGCGGCGCCCGGGGCCCCCUCGACAGCCAGGCUGGAGCGGGGCCCGGGAGAACGACCAGGGUCAAAAUGGGAGAUGAGCCAUCGGAAGCCCCCAAGCCACUCCGACAUUCUCAGUCCUUGGGGGGCAUCUCGAGCGACAGACGCCUACGGAGAGCCGACACGGACCGCCCGUCCUCCCAGCUUCGAGAGCAGAAGAAAGCUUUGCUGGUGGCGAUCAGUGCCUCCGUGGACAAAAUUGUGGCUCACUUCAGCACCGCUAGAAAUCUCGUCCAGAAGGCCCAGCUGGGUGACAGCAGGAUCAGCCCCGAUGUGGGCUACCUGGUUCUGAACACCCUCUGCCCUGCCCUUCGGGCUUUGGUGAGCGAUGGGCUGAAGCCCUUCCAGAAGGACGUCAUCACCGGGCAGAGGCCGAGUUCCCCCUGGAGUGUGGUGGAAGCUUCCGCCAAGCCUGGCCCUCAUACCCGGUCCCUGAACGCACUUUACUGGAGGGUGUCUCGACUGGCCCCGCUCCGGAGUAAUCAACAGCGCUUCCACGCCUUCGUCCUGGGACUUCUUAACCUGAAGCAGCUGGAACAGUGGUUCUCACACCUUCAGCGCAAUUCAGAGCUAAUCUCGGCCCUUUACUUGCCCACGGCCUUCUUGGUCCUCAGUCAAGGCUUUUGUCGCCGGUGGGCGGAGGAACUUUUGCUGCUGCUCCAACCGCUCUCCAUGCUGACCUUCCAGCUGGAUCUCCUCUUCGAGCACCAUCAUCUCCCUCUGGAGGUCCGCCCGGCGCUGCGGCCGGCGGUCACGCCACCCACGGAGCUGGCCACCGGCUUCUGCCCAGCCCAGGGGCCAGAUUCCCCUCAAAGCCUGGUUUCCCUUUCCGGACCGUCCAGUCCGAUGGACGGGUCCCCGACUCUUCCCCAGAGACUUCUCCGGUGGGGGGAUCGGUUGACCCACACCUGGCUGGGCAACGAGGCCUCCCUGACGCCGGAGCCGGACCCACAGGCGGUCCAGCAGGAGACCGGGGGGAAGCCACCGAACUGGUGGGAGCAACUGAGCCGGGCGUCCGGAGUUUAUGCCACCUCCUCGUCGUCGGUCUCGAAACCGGAGGGCUUCCCUUACGCUCACUGGGCCAAGCUGCGGACGGCUGUCGAGGGAGCCGUCAAAGAAGCCUGUGCGGGGAUAGCGGAAUCCGCACUGAGUGCCGACACCUGCCCCCCAAGCCCGGGCCGAGACGGUCGCUCGGAGCAGCCAAUGCGGGCGUCCGGCCGCAAGACGGAGAGCGCGCCUGCCGACGAGACGGGCGGAAAGGCUGAUGAUACAGAGGUGCCCACAUCUGGAGAACCCCGCGAGAAUCCUGAUGCCGCAGAGACCCCCGGAAGCGGGAAGGAGAAGCGUCUGGGGUGGCUGUUUGGAGCAAGUGGCCCGGGGAUGCCCGCUGAGCCGGAUUCGAAUCUCCCCAAGUCCAGGCGCCCUUCCAGCUGGCUUCCUCCUGCCAUGAACGUCCUGGCUUUGGUGAUGCGGACAGGGCCGAAGGAGAAGGGCUUGCAGGAAGAGGAAUCGUGGCAGGAUGAUGGGUCCCCGGCUGCCCUGCAAAAUUAUAGGGCCGUCCGCGCGCUGUGCGACCACGUGGGGAAGGGGGCCGACCACCUGAGCUUCCGUAAAGGGGACGUCCUGCAGAUCCUGGAGACCGUGAGCGAGGACUGGAUCCGGUGCUCCCACGGAGAUCGGAGAGGCUUGGUCCCCGUCGGCUACACCUCUCUCCUCGUGUGAAGGCCUCCCUCCUCCGAGGAGCGCCGUGAUGCUGAGGAUCUGCUCUCGUGGGGGAAGAAAGAAGGGGGACCCACCCAGGUAGCCCCAACUUUAAGAGACACCCCCCACCAGGAUGAACGUCGAUCACGACAGGAACACCUCCCCGCAAAAGACUUGAGAAAUGCAUUUGUGUGCACAAAAAGUGUUGUUAACCGCACACCAGUCCCAAGACCGAGUGGUGGCAUGUGUCCCCCGUGGAUAGGGGGGCCGAGGGCUCCUUCUUGACCUCGGCCCCCCUCGGUACAAACAGCGCCCACCCUGCACCAAUGCUUCUUCCGUACCUUACUGGAUUUAGCCCAUCCUGCCUGCCUUCCCACCUCCGUUCAUGCGUUUCCACUUUUUGUCUGUGAUCCCCUGGCCCAUUCCAAAAAGAUGAUUCUCUCUCUCUUGUGGGUGUAUAUUGCCUAUAUUUGUGUGUAUAUAGAUAUAUACAGAUAUAUAUAUGCAUAUAUGUAGAUUUCACUUUCUCGGUUGCUCGUGUCAAAACGGGACGAACGCCGACGAUGGAGUUCACAGGGGGACCCCUUCGGGAAGGGUUGUCCCCGGACGCUCUCCCCUCCUCAUCCCCCCCUGAUCCGGCAAAAUCGCGGGUAACGAAAUAGGUCGGGCCCCGUCGGCCGUCUUGGAAGGAGGCGCGCCAGCAGAGAGGAAAUAAAAGGGUACACAAACCUCAGUGAUGUCUGGUGGAAUGGCAUUUGCCGCAGGCCACGAAGGCCUCUCGGGUGUAAAAAAAUGUCUGGGAUCUGUAACAAAAUGUUGCAGCGUCCUUACGCCGGC